AUGUCUUUCUCAGACGAAUCCCCUAAGAUGGCAAGCGGAUCAUCAUCUUCGCUGGCUCCCACAGGAUCUCUUUGGCCAGUUCUUGCACAGCAGACAGGCAGGUACAACGUUUCAAAAAGAGUUCAGCCCUCGCAUUCUAUUAUUGAACCAGGGAUGUUCCUCUCCUCUCGGGAUAUUGUCCCCGACAGCCCGAGAUACUUGCCGGAGCAAUGGUCGCCGCAUGUGCACCCCGAAGGCCAAAUAUACUUUUCCCGCAGUAUUGCUCUCCGCGUUGUAACAGAUUCGUACAUGUACACGCCAUCAAUCGCGGAAAAAGUCACGUAUUGGGUUUCAAACAUCGAAAAACGCGCUGCCGAUCGGGGAUUUGUUCUAUCCGAAACCGUUGAACUCUACAUCCAGAUCGACGAUGAGGAUUGCAACUAUUACUUGGCUGACCAUGCGACGCACACCAUUUUCUGGUUGGACGAGUAUGAAACUUCGGAACUGGGCUUGCUCCCCGUCGUUUCUUCUUCUCAUCUCAAGUUGGCUUUAGAAGAACAAUACUGGAGUCAUGUUGAAAAUCACUCAAUGCAUUUCGGUGGACUCCCAACAAAAUCUAUCAAUGAUCUGAUUCUUGUCUUCUCGCACGCUAUUGGCGAUCAUAUGACCUCUCCGUCAUCCACGUUCCCUUACGAUGUUGAUGAAUGCCAAACAUUCCUCACUCUCUUGAAUAAUUCACGAGCCCAUAUCCACGAAGGCCAUAUUACUACGGUUGUUGCCCGCCUUUGGAGCAUGAUCACCAUGAGCAGAUUUUACACCCAUCAUGGUGAAGAACAGGCCCGAUUGUCUCGUGAUACUCCCAUUCUUGUCGACAACGACAAUGAGAUCCGCUGGACAGAACGUGUUAUUUCCCUUGUGACUUUCAAGUCUUCUACGACCUAUCUCAAGUCCUUAAAUCAAAUAUGGACGGAUCAUUUUGUAUAUGCUAUGGAUUGGAAUCCGUUCAUGGCUCGAUGCAUACGAGGGUGGCAAACAACAUUCCAAUCUGCGCUCUCGAUUCUUCUGCUCCAUGUUCUGCUCCUGUUUUUCCCCGUCUUGCCCGAACUUUUGGUCAUCUCGGCAGCUCUACUUUUUGCCAGCAUGGUCACCUCCGUUCUUCUCGUUUAUCGUCAUGAGGGGCUCGAAACCGGUGGUGCUCCAGUCGCACAUGCAUACCUUACGCGAGUUUGCUCAAAGCGAUUCAAAUUCCAAUUGGUCGCUCUGGCAUUUUCCCUUCCGAAAACGUUUUAUCUCUUGGGUCUUAUUACCUUCUUCCUCCACGGCAUCUUCUUGAUCAACGGCGCCCUUUCUUCCAAUUUGUCGAUAGGCUGCCUUGCCGUCGUCGUCGUCUUGGUCGUCGCUUUCCAGUGCGCCACUUCCCAAAGUAGGCUGCCCCGCCUACGCUUCUCCCAAUUGUAUCCUCGCUUUUUGAAAUCCAAGGCUCAAGAAAGCGAUUCCAUUGUUUAACCAAAACGAAGCGAUGGGAUCGCAUCUGACACCCAGUCGUCCCCGUCGGGGUGGUCGGUCGAGCCACUGAAGGCACAUUACCCGUCGGAUCUACGGGUACAAGGCUUAGAUGCCGCCACCUCCGGAGAACGUAAGCGACCAGUUUUCUUACGAGGAUUGAUAGAAAAACUAGUCGCCCAAAAUAUACCCACUGUAUUACCAGCACAUUUUACGCUCAAUGAUUUUUGUUUUGAACCAAU